UACUGAUAAGGGCUGUGUGUUUGUUAGGGACUAGGUAUGGCCCGUCCUGCUAUAAUGCUGGAACUGUUUCCGGCGGAAGUAAGAUAUUUGACGGAAGUGGCUGGGCUAGCCUGCUGGACGUCUUCUACCGUCCUUAUCACACCUGUAGUAUACUUUCUUCAAGACCUAUCUUGGCGGUACCUGUACCUCAUCUUCACUCUAAUAUCCGCCUACAGUGUUUUUGGAUAUUGGAUGUUUGACGAAUCGGUCCGAUGGCUUCUUGCAAAUGACAAAACCGAGGAAGCAAAGACAAUUCUACGAAAAGCUGCAAGGAUGAAUAGAGUCGACGAAAAGCAAAUCAUGGAUAUAGUUGAUAGGGUUGUAGCUGUAGACUUUAAGGCAGAGGAAGGUGAAGAUAUCGACGAGGAAACCAAUACGAUGCCGGAGGAUCCGAUUAACAGUAACACCAAGGGACAGAACAGACUACCACAAUACACCAUACUAACGUUGUUUAAAAGGCGACGAAUAGCCAUGAUAACUACCAUAAUGAUUAUAGUUUGGACGGUGGACAGCCUGACUUACUAUGGACUUAUCCUGUCAUCAGCUUCUCUUCCUGUCAAUAGAUAUCUCAGCUUCUUCCUACUCGCCGUCGCCGAAUAUCCUGUUGCGUUGUUCGAAUUUACGUUGAUGAAUCGAAUAGGACGGAAACGAUUCUGUAUUCUGUUCCAUAUCAUAGCAGCAGUUUCACUGAUCGCAGGGACAGUAGCAAGCUCUUUCCCCGACUUACCAGGAGCUAAUAUCGCGAUUAUGUUAUUCUUUUUUCUUGGAAAGCUUGGGAUAACUGGGUCGUUUAGUUGUUUAUUCCUGUACACACCGGAGAUUUACCCGACCAAUCUCAGAACGAUUGGUAUAGGGCUAUCAUCUGCGGCAGGACGAAUAGGGGGCAUGCUGGCACCAUUUGCGGGUCCUCUGGCUGAGCAUGUAAGAUGGGCACCGGGCGCCAUAUUUGGUUGUUUGUGUUUCCUCGUUACCAUGAUACUUCCGCUACUUCCGGAGACGAAGGGACAUGAACUCCCGACCCGGGUAGAGGACCUUGAGGAAUGGUAUAAAGCUCACAGCGGGACUGCUAAAAAGAAAAGAUGUGACCAAUAGGAUUUAAACGAUCUUUUAUUGUCAUAUUUUAUUCGACUGCGAUACUAAAUCUAUUUGGUAACUUCUUAUUCAGUAAGCUAAGAGUAAAGACGCUGAGGGAAACUCAUAACUGAUCUUUAGACUUAAAACGAGGUUCAGUAAAUUCAAUUUUAGGAAUAAAGUUUGUAUGUUUUUGGAAUAUAUGUAUGCAUUAUUAUGUGGAACGAAUCACUAUAUGUGUUAUGGAGUCUUUUGAGGCGAUCCAAUCCUUUGUCAAGAUAGAAAAUAUUACGAAAGUAACAUCACAGACAUAAAUCAAGAAACAAAGUGGACGAUAAAAAAUAUAAGUAUAUAUUGUUAGUCACGUGAAAAACAGAAUAUGUCUUAUGUUUGACAAGAACUGGUAGUACAUUUUGUUAAUCUGACGAUUUAACAUAGGACAAAACGUGAUUAUAUAUAUAUAUUAUAUAUAGACCAAAUGUUUAGUGAAUCCUUAUCAGUGGUAGGACAAGGACUUUAUGUAUCAGUUGAAUACCAUGUCAUUUGUUCCUUUUAAUUCCUGUGGCAUUGUUGAUAUCUGUGUCAAUAAAAAAUAUCUUUUA